AUCAUUCCCACACUGACUCAAAACUAUCGCAUUUGCACUACUUUAACUCUACUAUCAAGCAAGCAAGAACAAGCAAGCCAUUGCCAUGGCUAUCUCCUCCACCUUAGAAGCUCGGUACCUUAAUUCUUGCAGAAAGCAUGAGGUGGAACCCAAUUCAGCAGUUCUCUCAUGGUUUACAGAGGCCAAAGUUCAAAGUUCUCAGAAUGAGAAGUGUAGCAUAACAGUUUCGUUAGACCAGCUUAAGGAUGCUGACAUUUUGCCACUAAAGGAUGUGCUUAUGUCAAGUGACUCAUCUCAUAUUCAUGCAGUUGACUUAUUUCUGGAAUUCCAUAGUGACUUGGGCACAGAAAGUGUUGUGGAUUUGAUGAAUGGAAUCAGUGCAAAGCUUCGAGUUGUCGAUCUCCAGGAUUUGUCUGUGGGGAAAGAAUUUCUGCGGGAUCUUUGUCGGGUUUCUUUGGCUUGCCAAGUGUUCAACUUGAGGUCUAUUCAUAUCCAGAAACUCGACAUGGUUGGAAGCUUUUUGCGACUACACACCCUUAAUCUCGACUUUUGUACUUCACUCGGUAGCUUGCGAAGGGACUGUUUUUCUUGCAUGCCAAAUUUGACGCGUCUCUCAAUUUGUGAGACAAGAAUUUCCAAUCUCCUGACCACGACUGGUGCUCUGUCAAGACUUCCUUGUUUGCUAGAACUACGGUUCCAAAGCUGUUUAUGUUGCAAGGGAACUGGAUCCUGUCCUGGUUUAGAAGGGCAACAGAAAUUGCAGACUGAGAGUCAAGAAAAAGAUGAAACCCUUGUAAGUGCGGGUAAGAAAGCCUGGAGAAAUGCGAGUAAUACAUUAAAGAACUUUGUAACUCAUCAUCCUUCACCCAUAUGCUUUGAGAAACAUUACCGGGAGUACAUCAUAUCUUCGUUGCCUGGUCUGGAAGUUCUAGAUAAUUUUCCUAUUAGAACGACAGAGAGAGAAUUGGCCAAGAUGAAAUCUGCAAAGUACUUUGAAUAUCUACCUUAUAAGAGACUGCACAAAGAAAGUGUUGUUAGUGUUUUGAAUAAGCGUGAAAUGGGAACAAGCGGUAUACACUUCCAGAAACCAUUCAAGCCAAAACAAUUAUAUCCUCAUCGAAAUGGUCAGAAUUUUUUCUUGAGGUCGCUUUGUGCUGCCAAACUUGGGUCCUCAACUUGGCCACUGUUACAUCCACUAUCUAAUUUCAACCACACAUGUAAAGCAGAAAACAAGAAGCUUCGUCCGAGGCAGUUCGAGUAUCAUCCAUCAAAUCCAAGUCUUAUGGUUUUUGGAACUCUGGAUGGUGAAGUAGUGGUUACUAACCAUGAAAACGGGAAGACGGUUGGUUAUAUUCCAUGCAUUGGAGCAAUGAGUAGUAUCUUGGGACUUUGUUGGCUCAACAAGUCGCCGUCCAAGCUUGUUGCUGGUUCAGAUAAUGGUUCCUUGAAGUUACUCGACUUGAAUAACAUGUCACCAGAAGUUGCAGACUCUUGUUGCAGCUCUAGUGGUGCGACUUUUGAAGAUUUCGAGCAAUUGACUUCUCUUCAUGUAAAUUCAACCGAUGACCAGCUUCUCGCUAGUGGAUACUCCAAAGGCGUCGCUCUAUACGAUGUUGGCAGUGGAAGGCGUUUACAAUUGUUCAGUAAUCUUCACCAAGAACCAAUCAAUGUUGCCAAAUUCACACACCAUUCCCCUUAUUUGUUUGCUACUUCAUCCUUUGACCAUGAUGUGAAGAUGUGGGAUUUGCGAAAGAGCAUAAGGAAACCUUGCUAUACAGCUUCUAGCUCAAGAGGAAAUGUAAUGGCUUGCUUUUCUCCUGAUGACCAUUACUUGCUUGUUUCAGCUGUUGACAACGAGGUUAAGCAACUUUUGGUGGCAGAUGGGAGGCUGCACACAAGUUUUGAGAUAGCUUCGACUGGAAAUCCUCAUAACUAUACACGGUCGUAUUACAUGAAUGGAAGGGACUAUAUCAUCAGUGGAAGUUGCGAUGAGGACGUGGUUCGCAUCUGUUGUGCUCAGACUGGAAAGCGGCUUCGAGAUGUUUAUUUGGAGGAUGAAUCAGGAAGUUCAAUAUUCGUGCAGUCCUUAAGAGGCGAUCCUUUCAGGCACUUUAACAUGAGUAUAUUAGCCACUGCUACCCGUCCUAGCUCCAAGUGGGAGAUUAUCAAGGCCAACUUACUUGCAUCGAGUGACUAUGCAGAAGAGCACUGUUAUGGUCAGUGUUUACAGCCUUCUUGCUGUCUGGGAGGUUGAUCUAGGAGCAGAAUUGUGUUUGUUUGCACUGUAUAUAUUGGAAUAGUAAAGGAUCAUAUGGGAUGGUUGAGUUUUGGACCAGAAACCGAGUGGUACUCAGGUUGCUUCAGUAGAUAACACUAUUCUGGAGCCUAGGAGGUUACACAUCAGUGCAAAGCCUUUCCAAUGGAGCCCUAUAGUGAUAAGGGGAUUGAAUGAAAGUUGAAAUUCUGGAAGUUAAACACUCCAACAGCUAGUUUCUGUGUUGCUGACCAACAGAUUCAGUAGUUAGUAAGAAAAUACUCUACAAUUCCAUUGUCUUGAAAUGCACUGGGAGGUAAAUGUGUUCCUCUACUAUGUCUGUUGUCAAAUUAAGCAGUUUCAGCCACUUCGAGACGUGAACUCUGUACGUUCAUGAACUCAUGCAAACCCAUUUUGCAGCUUCCCACACUCCAAAACUGAAACAUGUCAAACAGAAAGAUCAUAAACAGAAGUACCAGUUGAAACUUGAAAGACUAACAUAUAGGGAAGCAAGACCUCGUUUCUGGCCCUUUUGGGGUGCCAGAUUGUGACAAUACCACCAAAGUCCUUCAUGAAGCACCAUACUACAUUGUUUUUCACCAUCGGUGCAGAGCUGCAAAAGAGCAGCACCUGCAUUCUCCUUGCCACUUUCUGAAACUACAGUUACCUCAACUAGACCACUAAUCCCACCUUCCUCAAGAAUUGCUAUCCUCCCUUCAUGACUUGCAAAACGUAGCCAAGACAGCAACAGCCUGGUGCCCCUGGUCAACUGUUCUAGCUUUUGGAUGCGUCACAAACUCCACCGAGUACUUCACAGCACCAGCUUGAUGAUCUGUUCCCUGAUCUCACGAAAUUUCGACAAACUAAACAAUGUUGUAGCUGCAUCUUCCAGAACUCUUUCCUUCCCUAGUAACUCAACUGGAGGCCUAAUAACCCUGGAACUUCCGACCCGAACCAUGUUUUCCUUGGAUCAUCAAAAAGGCAAAACAAUGUGGCAGCUGAAGUUCUCAUCAUUCCCACUCUCAAGUACAUGAAUCAGGAUUCAACUGCCUCAGCAAUAGCAAUUCUACUCCUACUGUCAAUAUUGAUCGACAAUUUAAGCGCUGUGACAGCAUUGUCACAAUUUCUUGUACCCUAUUUUGAAGUUUUCUUGUGGAGCUUAGCAAUUCCACCAACAAGCUUAUGGCUCCACAGUUUGCACAAUUGCACUAACAACUCCAGGUCCACUCACUUAUAAAAAUGAGACUACACUGCUUGAUC